ACAGCCCUCUAUAAGCAGUUUACAGAUAAGAAAAAUAUUAAUGCUUCCCAAAGAAACUAAAUUCAAAAAGUUGUAAAACAUUACGAAACUGAUUUUUAAUGCUUAGAGUGCCAUCUGGUGGAAAAAUAUUUUAAUUUCAAAAUAGUUUUAAGGUGGUCUGCAGUUUUUAAACUAUCAAUAUAGUACUGUGUACAUGUGAUCAUAAAGUAUUUGAUAAGUAGCUAGUUUGCUGAAUUUUCAAUAGGGAGAUAAUUAGAUUGAAACCAAAGAUAUACUAAUGCUAGUAAUUUUAAGUUGUAAAAUAUCUUUUUAAGGAAAUCUAUACACAUUGGUUCAAUUUGUAAGAUAUUUGCUAGGAACUGGGCACUAAGCUUGAAAAGAUUUGCUUCAUAUUAAGUAUGCUUAUGAAAACAGUGAAAACAAUCUUUAUUCAUUUUGGAUUAUAUCCUACAGAAUUCAAAGUACUUGCCUUGAAGCAAAAAUAACAGGAGUGGAUUUCAUAAUUUUUCCAAAUUAAUAAAUUAACACAAAAAAUUGUUCUAAUCAAAACUCACAAUUUUAUAGGUGGCUCCAGGAAAAUCAAAAUGAGACAAUCAAAUUUGAAAUUAAAUACUAUUUCUUUUCUUAGAUAUUACAUAGAAUUUUUAGUCUGUUUUCUAACACUCUAUAUAGUAACAUUUUUAGAAGGGAUAAAUCCAGCGUAUUCUAAAGGUUUGUGCUGUUACAAAUAUAUCUUAUGAAAUAAUUAUAGUUUAUCUCACUGAUGCUGUGUGGCUCAGUGGACAAAAAAGCUAAUAAUCCUCUAGAUCUUGUUUAAAUAUAUUAUCCUUGUCCAACAAAAAGCAAAAAUAACAGAUGAACAAAACGUAUCUAAUGAAAUAAAACGCUGAAAGAAAAACUUGACAAUUGAGAUAUUCAAAGGGUUUUUAAUAUAGUGCAGACUUUUGGGAGGAAGGAAAACACUGUUAAAGUGAUGGAAAAAGAAUUAUAAUGAAAGAAUGGAAGAUAAAUUAUUGCAUGAAAAAGGAAAAUAAAUUAUUGCAUGGUUUACAACAAAAAUACCCAUGCAGGAAAUACUAAUUAUACAACAAUAACCCAUGUAUGUAUGUAUGUAUGUAUGUAUGUAUGUAUUCAACUGUGAUGCAAGAAUAGCCAUGGCCUUUGGAUCUAGGGAGCAAAACCCUACAGGCAGAUGGCAACAGUGAAACGUGGUCUUUGUACAAAGGCCAAAUGAAGAAAAAAAAACCACUAUGAAUAUUACUCUCAUGUACAGAUGAUGCAAUAGAAAACUUUGGAACCAAAGCAUUACUUAUUCCAGACGUGUCUCGGGGAAGAGUCUUUAUCCUAAGUCUCUAGAAGCCUAUCUUAACUGGGAUGGGGGAAUGCAAAAACCAUGCAAUCAAAACAGAAAUCCCAAGCCUGAUGCAUACAAAGAAUUAAGUGGAUUAGCUGUACUGCUAGAGUUUGGAAAACUGUACCUGUGUAAGUGUUUCUGCUUGUUACCUAAAAAGAAUAUGUGCUUCCAAUCUAUGGGUAUGUAACAGUCUAUACAUGCAGGCUAUAAUAGUACAGUAAGUACAAUUAGAAUUAUAAAGGGGAAAAAAACCUAGAAGUAACAUUCUGCUUACAACUAAUCAAGGUCCCUUGAAUACAUGCUAUUUGUUUAAGAUUCUUGGAACCAAAUAAUAAGAGCUUUGUUUUAGGUCCAAAACAUAAAGGUGUAAAUAUUAUGCCUUGAUUCCCAGUGUUUUCUUCUUUGAAAUAUUACCCCGUGUUUCACUAGGUGAGAUGAACACAAUAGAAAGUCACUUCACGUGGUGGAUACCUAUGAAUGCAGGACAGGCAGUGCCCUCAUAUUCACCUGUUCUAUCAUUGAUGUAUAUUGAGCAAUUGUGCUACUAUGGCCUUAGUUUUAGAAAACUUUUCCGAAACGUACAACAUCCAUCUAAACGUGUAAAAUAUCUCGUACCCUUUCAUUCGUGCUCUGCUGUCCUAAAAACCUUGGCUCUCAAAAGGGCUUGGAAUAGCCAGGGCGGUGGAAGGAAAAAGGAUCUGGCACAGAACUAGAAUGGAAGGGAUUCAAGCAAAUCUCCCCCUCCUGGAAAAAGAAACCGCAGCAGCUCCUACGCGGAAAACUUGAGUUGCAGAGGAGCGUAAGCUGUGCUGGGGGAAGAGUAAAAGGAUUGCCAGGCAGGGUAGCUUUGGGGGAAUAGUAGCGUGAGCGGGUAAAGAGAAGCAGCUAUUUUCCCCCCUCCUCAGCUUAUGUGUUCUCUCUCUUCGGGAAAUCUACGGCUGAUAGCCAGGGGUACCGUUGCCGCGCUGACUUUACGCACAAAUGAGCUCAAGCCGAUUCCCGCCUCCACGACAGAGGGGGGUAAGCGGGGGGGCGGACCUUUUCCUUAUAAGUGCAAGCGCGCGUUGCCUUCGCUCCCAUACUCGAGGCGAAGAGCCGAGGCUCGCUUAUCUCUAGUUCUCCUUCAGGACUUUGCCAGUGAACUCAGGGCGCGGAAGGAGCCCCUACAGCGCUCUUCUCCGCCUAGGCCGUUACAAGCAGCGCAUUUAGUUCGGGCUCUAAAGGGUUCGACAGACGUUCUGCCCGGUGCUGCUAAGGCGCCAUUUGCUUGCCAUUUUCAACGUUUUCAAAACUCCUCGUCGUUAAUUCGUUCUUUAUUUUCCCCUCCUGUCGCCUCGCGCGCUGUGGUGCAGCAUGAAGGGAGCUAAGGCAUGCCUGGCGCUGAGCACGCUGUUGCUCUCGCUGGGUGCUCGAGGCGGCCCUUCUUCGCCCCGGGAGGAGGAGCUGGUGGUGCCCGUAAAAGUGGAUUCCCAGCGAGCGGCUGGCGAGCAGUUCUACCGCUUGGACGCCUUUGGCGAGCGCUUCAGUUUGGAGCUGAAGCCCGACGGCAGCUUCUUAGCUCCGGCUCUGACGUUCCAGUAUGUUGGCAGCCGCCCCCGAGGCCGGAGGGAAGAAGAGGAGGAAGCCCACCAAACGCUCGGCGCGAACUUAGCCAGCUGCUUUUAUUCCGGCACGGUCAAUGGGGAUCCGGCCUCGGCCGCAGCGCUCAGCCUCUGCGGCGGGAUCCGCGGCGCCUUCUACCUGCGCGGCUCAGAAUAUCUCAUUCAGCCGGCCAACGUCUCCCAGGCUGCAGGAGGGGAGCAGUCUCAGCUCCACCUCCUGAGCCGUUCUCGGCAGAGCCCCGUCCCCCGUGGCAGUGGUGCUAAGUGCGAGGUGCCCGACUCCGACGAAACUUCGGCCUCCAAAGGGCGGCGGCACCGAGGGGAAAAGCAGCAGGCGGACUACGCGACCCGCGCAGAAAAUAGACGUAUAAGGAAGAAAAGAUUUGUGUCAAGCCCCCGUUAUGUGGAAACUUUGCUUGUAGCAGACCAAUCGAUGGCAGAGUUCCAUGGCAGUGGACUGAAGCACUACCUUCUCACACUCCUGUCUGUGGCUAGUAGAAUGUACAAGCAUCCCAGUAUCCGAAACCCUAUUAAUUUGGUGGUAGUGAAAAUAAUAGUCAUCUAUGAUGAGCAGAAGGGGCCUGAUGUAUCUUCAAAUGCUGCUCUCACUUUAAGGAAUUUUUGUAACUGGCAGAAGCAACAUAAUCCUCCCAGUGACCGGCACGCAGAACACUAUGAUACUGCAAUUCUUUUUACCAGACAGGAUCUCUGUGGUGCCAAAACAUGUGACACUCUUGGGAUGGCUGAUGUGGGAACUGCUUGUGAUCCAAACCGCAGUUGCUCUGUCAUAGAAGAUGAUGGCUUGCAAGCUGCUUUUACAACCACUCAUGAAUUAGGCCAUGUGUUUAAUAUGCCACAUGAUGAUGCAAAGCAGUGUUCCAGUAUUAAUGGUAUAAAUAGGGAUUCUCAUAUGAUGGCAUCUAUGCUUUCCAACUUGGAUCGAAGCCAUCCGUGGUCUCCAUGCAGUGCAUACAUGAUAACUACCUUUUUGGAUAAUGGUCAUGGUGAGUGUCUGUUGGACAAACCUCACAGGCCAUUGCAAUUUCCUUCUGAUCUUCCUGGCACAAUGUAUGAUGCUAAUAGACAGUGCCAAUUUACAUUUGGGGAGGAAUCCAGACAUUGUCCUGAUUCUGCUAGCAUUUGUACAACUUUGUGGUGUACUGGUACUUCUGGUGGAGUGCUUAUGUGCCAAACCAAACAUUUUCCUUGGGCAGAUGGUACCAGUUGUGGAGAGGGAAAAUGGUGCAUGAACGGCAAGUGCAUUAAUAAAACAGACAAGAAGCUAUAUGAUAUCCCUGUUCAUGGAGGCUGGGGCUCAUGGGAACCAUGGGGAGAGUGUUCAAGAACAUGUGGUGGAGGAGUGCAAUAUUCUGUGCGAGAAUGUGAUAGCCCAGUUCCAAAGAAUGGAGGAAAGUAUUGUGAAGGCAAGCGUGUGCAGUACAGAUCCUGUAAUAUUGAAGAUUGUCCAGAGAAUAACAAAACUUUCAGGGAAGAACAAUGUGAGGCUCACAAUGAUAUUUCCAAAUCUUUUGGAACUAGCCUUGCAGUGGAAUGGAUACCUAAGUUUGCUGGAGUCUCUCCCAAAGAUAGAUGCAAGCUGGUUUGCCUUGCUAAAGGCACUGGAUAUUUUUUUGUUCUUCAACCAAAGGUGGUAGAUGGAACUUUAUGUAGUCCAGAUUCCACUUCAAUCUGUGUUCAAGGGCAAUGUAUAAAAGCAGGUUGUGAUCGUGUUAUAGGAUCCAGUAAGAAGUUUGAUAAAUGUGGCAUCUGUGGAGGCAACGGAUCUACCUGCAAGAAAGUAUCUCGAAUGUUUUCUAAUGUCAGACCUGGUUACCAUGAUGUUGCUGUGAUUCCUGUUGGGGCAACAAACAUAGAAGUUAAGCAACGAAAUCAUAGGGGUACGCGGCAAGAUGGAAGCUUCCUUGCAAUCAAAGUAGCCGAUGAUACUUAUAUUCUCAAUGGUGACUAUACACUAACAACAAUGGAGCAAGAUAUUACUUAUAAAGGAAAUGUUUUUAGAUAUAGUGGUUCAUCUGCUUCUCUGGAAAGAAUUCGUAGCUUCAGCCCACUGAAGGAACCAUUAACGAUACAGGUCCUUACUGUGGGCAAUUCAUUUCGAUCUAAAAUCAAAUAUACCUAUUUUAUGAAGAAAUCAACACAGUUGGGUGCUGAGGAGCCUUUCAGUAAGACUGAAUCUUUCAAUGCAAUCAAGGAGACAGUUUUAUCUGAAUGGAUUAUUGAAGAAUGGGGAGAAUGUUCUAAGUCAUGUGGUACUGGCUUGCAGAAGAGAUCUGUACAAUGCAGAGACCUCACUGGACGACCUGCCUCAGACUGUGCAAAAGAACUCAAGCCAAGUGAUGUACGACCAUGUGCAGACACACCAUGCCCACGAUGGCAGCUAGGAAACUGGUCAUUGUGUUCCAAGACAUGUGGGAAGGGUUUCAAACAGAGGUUAUUAAAGUGCAUUUCUUUUGAUGGUACAAUUUUGACACAUGAAAGCUGUGACCUUUCAAAAAAGCCAAAACAUUUAAAGGACUUUUGUAAUGUUACACUUUGCAGCUAAACUAUAAUAGAAAUCUACAGAUAUAAAUAUAUAUAUAUAUAUAGGUAUGUACGUAUGUAUGUAUAUUCAGACCAAAGCACUGAAAUUGAAGUGAGAGGUAGCAACUAUAAUUUGUGCAUGGAAAUUCAGAGUAGAGUCACUCAGAUGGGACAGUGCAAAUAUUAUGAGAUGGUGUUAAAUCAUGGUGGAGUGGGAAGGAAUCCCGUCAGUAUGAACAGUAGAUAAAAAUGCCAGUUUAGUUGCUAGCAAACUCAGAAACACACAUCUCUUAAUCUUAGUUUUUUUACAAGUUGAACAAAGUAUGCCAUGGCCAAAACAAAUUUAAGGAAACGUUUGCAUUCUAGCAGGAAUAGCAUUUUUUUUUCACUUCUGGAAAUUUUAUUGUGGUACUGAUAAAAUUCCUUUCCUGAUCAAAGUGGGGAAGAAAAGGGGCAGUUUAAAUUUUGGUCAGGUCUUGCCUACCUCACAUGGAGCAAAACCCACAUCAUUUAAAGAGACUUUUCAAUUACAUUUUUCAUGGAGAGGCAAAACAAGUAGUCCUGGAUGCUUAAAAUUCCAAACAUUAGAAUGUAUUUAAUCUUUUUAAGAGAUACCUUGCAGUUCAAAGCCACGAAGGAAGGACGGAAGGAAGGAAGGAAGGAAGGAAGGAAGGAAGGAAGGAAGGAAGGAAGGAAGGAAGGAAGGAAGGAAGGAAGGAGAAAGAAAAAGAAAUAUUCAAAAUUUAAUUCUCUUCCCUUUCCUUUAUCAUAUUUGUUCCAAAAUCUAACAGACCUUUGGAACACAUGCAUAAUUUUUAUAUGAAAUCUGGCUUCUUCAUGAAGAAAUGAUCCUGAGAAGCUGCCAUUUCACAUACACUAACAGUUGCCAUGGUGGUCAGCAGUAACAUGCUUACAUACGACCUUUUGCAAACAUAAAAUUCCACUAUAAAUGGAACAUCUCUUAUUACAGCUUUCCAUAUCCAAAUGAAUUCCAGAUGUGCUCAGACAAUAUAGCCAAAUACUAUGCUGGUUGGGAAAUACAAGAGUUAACAGUCACAAGAUAUCUGGAAGACCCUUACGUUGUCUCACUGCAUCCAACAACUUUACACUGCUGAAAUCACUUGUAAAGCGGGGAAAAUUAAGCUGCAGGAUAGCAGGUCCAUCCACAGCAAUUUUCCAGUAUCUGCAUAUUUAAAGUUAUUUGCUAGGCUAUAGACUAUGAGAGAAUAUGUCUCUUCAUACGUAUAUAGUAAAAUGUAUUAGAAAUGAUACAUACUUUAUAAGUACUUAAAAAAAAUUCCCUUCUGAGAAGGAUUAUAAUUGAUAACAAAUGCAUAUACUGUAAUGAAUGUAUUUAUUUUUAUAUUUGUUGUCUAAAACAAUUUCUUAAGUUAUCACCUUUUAAAAAAAGACAUAUAACAAGACAGAGUAUUUAUGCAAUAUAAUAUGUUACUAGAGAUAAUAAACUAUGAUUUUUUGAAA